CCUCUGCCAAACCCCAAUGCUGCUUGAUUUCUCUGCUUCUCCUCAUCCUUCGCAGCCUCAAUCGGAGUUAGUGUCGCUCCGUUUCGGGAUCGAGAAUGGCGCCACUGUUUGUGUCAGGUCUGUAGCAGCUGAUCGAGUCUAUUCUCAUCCCUUGGCGUGGCGUAUUCGCCGUGAAACCUCGGUUUCCGUCGCGCGUGCCUAUCUGCAUCCCCUGCCUGCCUGCCUGUAGCGAGUGUCUGCUGAUUCGUGUGGUAACUUCAGUGCCGUGGAGCGUGUGACAGACGGGAAAUCUGACAGGCUUUGAGGUGAUCCGGACGGGUGGAGUGUGUGGAUGCUCGGUGCGGGAGGGUGUGGCAUUGCGUGCUAUGGACUGGCUGAGGUGCUGAAUGAAACUGUCUCCUGUAUCGGAGGACUGAUGGCAGAGCCGAGUGUACGAUACUUGGAACAACGCUGCAUUGAAGUGGUUUGGACGUGAAGUUGUUCCUUAGGGUUUGGUACUAGCUCCCGAACCUCGCGUAGCAUUUGCUAUUUUAAAGAUCGCAGCACGUGAAGGUUGUAAGAAGUCGUUUUACAUGCUAGGUGCAGCCAUGGACGACUACAUGCGUGAGAUGGUCGAUCUGAAAACCCUUGUUACCAAAACUUUGGAGAAGAAGGGCGUACUUGCCAGGAUUCGGGCGGAGCUGAGAGCAAACGUCUUUCAAGCCAUGGAAGAACAAGAUCAUGAGGCAGAAAGCAAUGGCUCCACAUCAUUUUCUUUGCUUGGAACAUGCAAUGAGCGGGCAAAACAAUUGCAUAAUUCUCCUUCAGGUAAGCUAUUGAUGGCAUUGGUGUGCGACUAUAUGGAGUGGUGUGAGUUGGAGCAUACAUUGAAAGUUUACAUGCCAGAGCUCAACCAGCCCAGGGCUUACGAUAGAUCGGAAUUGGAGGAUAUUUUGGGGCUAAUGGGUGACCCCAAUCCAGUCAGUCAUGAUUCCAGGCCUUUGCUGUUGACUAUUGUUGAGGCAUACUUGAACGAGAAAAAAGAGACAUCAGGUUCUGGAUCUAUUGUAGAAUCCAAAAGUACCCGAAAUGGGGCUACAGGAGGGUCCAGGCAAUCAGGCGGCAGUACUUCCAACCUAGAUUCUUCUGAAGCUCUUGAGACGCGUGGGCCAACGACCAAAAAAGUGUCAGAGAAGCCUAUGGGAGGUUCACAUGAUUGCUCAUUUCAAAGCCGCUCUGAGACAGACUUUGUUGGGGUUGCAAAUGAUGCCGCUAUAAGCCCAGGUUCUUAUGAUGAUAAUCAAAAGCUAUAUCAGAAAUCAAGUCGAGCACAAUCACAGUUAGCUGAGUUGCCACAACAUAGACGAAGUAGUGGCCUACCAGCAUUUAGCGGUGCCUCACGUUCAGCUUCCAACAAUAGAGGAAGCAAUGGUACAGCAAACGAUCAGCAAUCUGGAUCAAGAGACAGGGACACUGAUGGUAAAAGGAGAGACCACUGCUGGAAAGAGGAAGAUGAAUCUCCUGGUGGAAGUUUCUCGAACCGAAAGAAAGAUAAUGCUUGGAGGGACCAGGAUUAUGACAAUCCGUACACGAACCCAUCCCCACGUACAGACAAAGGGGAUGGAAAGAGUCAAAGGAGCGAACACAGCACGAGCCAAAUCAGAAGGACCUCGUCUCUGGAGGCUCCCAGCAAAGCCCUCGGUAAUCUUCAGCUGGCAGAUGAUGAUAGCGCAUCUGAGUUUGGAAGCGGUCUUAACCCUGGAUCCCGGGCACCUCCCACAGCCAGUGCUGGAAAUAAGAAGCAAGCGUCAGCAUACUUCUACAGCGACAGUGAAGAAGAAAAUGUUCUCGAGUGAAAAUUUGAAAUUUCUCACCUUACGUCUCAAGCGGGCAUGUAGAGAUGUUCAUUGUGGAGCUACAACUCCAUCGAAUAUCAGUGGUUACAUGAAGUCUGCACGGCAUCUUCUAUUUUUCAGCUGUUAUGACAUUGUACUCAGGUUUUAAAAUUCAGAUGUACAUUUCGUACUGGACAUGCGUAACUCGAGGUUUGAUAUGUUUUAUGAAUUCCAUUUUGGAAACCCCGGAGUUAGCACAUCAUCUUUUUUAUCUGUCUUGUAAUUUUCAUAGUGUUAACCUGGAUUAUUUAUUUUUCAAGCUGCAA